UAGUGCAGGGAACAUUCACUGCGUGGGCGAUAUAGCACAGAAAUCCAAUGGGAUAUUGAUGCCUUCUCCCCCCCCCCCCCCCGAGUGCCCUCAUGGAUGGGUGGGGGGGAGGGCGGCGGGUGGUAUGGGGAGUCACCUGGAUUGAAGAUUGGGGCCCCUUGAGGGGGCUGGCUGUGAGGCUUGGGGAUUUCAGAUUCAUACCAAAUUGCAGGCCAGUGACACUUGGGCUGGGGGCUGGAGGGGGAUGCAGCAGACUGGGAUUGUGGUGCUGGAAUGCAGUUGUUUUUCUCAGCCAGCUGGGCACUUUCCCUUCUCCCCCUUCCCUGAGUGCGGGGCUGUGUGUGAUGCAGGGAUCUUUCACACACUCCGGACAAGCUUCCUUCGCUGGCCCCCUCCUCGUCCCCAAUGAGCCCUGCGCCUCGGGGUGGCCUUUCAGAACGCCGGCUUGAAAGCAGGGUAACCAGGAGAUGCUUCUUCUGCUGCUGACAAAAAUAGUCUUGCAAGACAAAGAAACUGUCCAACAUGGAUGAGGAGCGCAGGUCCCCCCAGAGGCAGGGAAAUUAUUAUGAACAACGAUGCCAUUUUCCUGUGCUCGUUGGAAAGUGGCAACCCUCCCAGACAGGCUCCUUUAUAUCCCCCCUUCCCCCUCCCUUAAACAGGAGCUUAAGCGUUGCCCGGAAUAAAGGCCCAACUCUUAGUGACUUCGGUAGGGCUCAAACUUGAGCCUGGACUUAAGUGCUUUGCUGAAUCGGGGCUGGGGGGGGGCAGGGGUGUCUAUUGUGGCCACAUUUCCCUCUGGUUUGUUAUGGAGCCAUGCUCAACACAGCGGAUCUCUGCUCAUCUUGGCAUGGUUGCUCUGGGGCGGGCAGAAAACCAGUGUUUGUGGUGGUCCUGAAUUUCGGUUUGGGCUCUGGAAAACGUGCUGAUAGCCCACUGAGGGGUUUUUAAAGUCCGUUCGAAUCUUUCCCUUCCCUUCCCUUGAGGGAUGUAGUGUGUUCUUGUAGCUGUGAGAUUUAUUCAGCGAUUGUGGCAGAAUGGAAGAAAAAACAACCAGGAGCACUUGGAAUAAUUGAUGUCUAGUCUGUGCUCUGGAGCGGAGUAGCUGCUUUUAGGUGCAUUACCUUACUUCAUAACUAUGCAUGGAGCGUCUGUAUUAGCAGCUCAGGAGCACGAUCGUGGUUUGCCGUGAGACACGCAGGAGCCGGCGGGGCGAUCUCUGUGAGCUGGGCCCCCAUCCACUGCCAAAGAGUUUGUGUCGGCAGAGCAGCGACCUCGGUCACCUGGGAAGAUGAGAAGCCGUAUGGCCUGUUACCUCUUGGUCCUGUUGGCGGCCGCGACAACGGGCUACCCCUCUCGACGAUCCGCCGUGGAUUUGGACGCCACCCCAAGGAUGACGAUCUCCAAUAACGAGUUGUCCGACGUCCGGCGCUUCAGCAGCCACGCCCUGAACUACACCACCCUGCUGCUGGAGGACGAGAAGGGGAUCCUCUACGUGGGUGCGCGAGGGGCCAUAUUCGCCUUAAACUCCAGCAACAUUGCCGAUGGCUCCCAGAGGGAGAUCCGGUGGGAGGCGUCUCCGGAGAAGCAAACCGACUGCCUCCAGAAGGGCAAGAACAACAAGACCGAGUGCUUCAACCACAUCCGGCUCGUGCAGAGGCUGAACGACACUCACCUGUACGCCUGCGGGACCUACGCCUUCCACCCGCUGUGCGCGGCCAUCGAUGCCGACAGGUUCGCGCUGCCAUCCCACUUGGAGGAGGGCAAGGAGAAGUGCCCGUACGACCCCGCCCGCGGCUACACCGGCCUCAUCGUAGAUGGCGGGUUGUACACGGCCACGCGGUACGAGUUCCGUAGCCUGCCGGACAUCAGGCGCAACCUGCACCAGCGGCCCCUGAAGACGGAAGAGUCCCCCGUGCACUGGCUAAACGAUGCAGAGUUCGUGGCCUCUGUGCUGGUCCAGGAGAGCGUGCACAGCCCAGUGGGGGACGAUGACAAGAUCUACUACUUCUUCAUGGAGCGGGCGGCCGAGGAGAGUGCCUCCUUUGACAAGAGCCAGGUGGCCAGGGUGGCCAGAGUGGCCCGGGUGUGCAAGAGCGACCUGGGUGGGAAGAAGAUCCUGCAGCGGAAAUGGACGUCCUUCAUGAAGGCCCGGCUGGUCUGCUAUAUCCCCUACUACGAAGUGCUCAAGGCCGUGCACACCGUGGACGGGGGCAGCUGGCCCAGCACCGUCUUCUACGCCACGUUCACCUUGUCGGCUCAGUGGAGGAGCAUGGAGGCAUCCGCCGUCUGCCAGUACAACAUCUCUGAGCUGCAGAGGGCUUUCGAGGGCCCCUAUAUGCAAUACCAGGACACCACCCACAAAUGGACCCGCUACGACGGGGAGGUGCCAGACCCACGGCCGGGCUCUUGCAUCACCGACCACUCCCGCGAGCGCAGCUACCGCUCCUCCCAGGACCUGCCCAACGGCGUGCUGGACUUCAUCAAGCUACACCCGCUCAUGUUCGAGGAGGUGAAGCCGGCGCGGGGGGAGCCCCUGCUGGUGAAGAAGAAUGUGCUCUACACGGCCCUGGCGGUGGACAGGGCGCCGGCCCUGGACGGCCAGCAGUACGACGUGCUCUUCAUGGGGACGGGUGACGGCUGGCUGCACAAGGGGGUGGUGAUCGGCUCCGCUGUACAUAUCGUGGAGGAGCUGCAGGUCUUCGGGACCCCCCAGCCCGUGGAAAGCCUGGUGAUCUCCAAAGGCCAGAGAAGCGUGUACGUGGGGGCUGGCAGCGGAGUCCUGCAGCUCCCCCUGUCCAGCUGCGCCAGGUACGGCUCCUGCUACGACUGCAUCCUGGCCCGGGACCCCUACUGCACCUGGGACGGCGAGGGCUGCCGGGAGCUGGCCGGCGCUGCGGACAGGACCCAGCUGACCCAGGACGUGCAGCACGGCAGGGAGGGCUGCAGGAACGGCUCUGCUCAGGCGCCCCCCGUGCAGAAGAACCGGACGGUGCUGCGGGGCGACGACGUGCUGCUGCCGUGCGAGCAGCGCUCCAACCUGGCGCAGGCCACGUGGCUGGUGAACGGCACGUCGGGGCUGGCGGCCGGGCAGGGCCACUUCCGGCUGGGGGCGGACGGGCUGCUGGUGACGGACGCCCUGCCGGAGCACAGCGGGGAGUACGGCUGCUACGGGGAGGAGAAUGGCCUGCGCUCCCCGCUGGCCGCCUACGCCCUGACGGUGCUGCCAGAGCCGCCCCAGGAGCCGGCGGCGCCCACGGCCCCCCCGCCCCCGCGCACCGCCCGCCAGGCCUCCCCCGACAUGAAGUUCGUCUACAUCGCGGUCAUCACGGUGCUGGGUGGGCUGUGCCUGGUGCUGAGCACGGUGCUGCUCCACGUCUCCUGCCUGCAGCGCCGCAAGGGCAGGUACGUGCUGGGCGCCCCCCGCGCCCCCUCCGUGGAGCUGCAGACGGUCUCGGCCAGCUGCCUGGGCAGGGCCCGGGAGGCCGCGGAGGAGGAGCUGGGCCAGGAGGCCGGCUGCCUGCAGAUCGUCCCGGGCGAGGCCCCCCCGGCGGCCUCCCCGGCCAGGGAGACGCCCCCGGCGCCCCCCCCGCCGCCCCCGCCCCUCCCGGCCGAGUUCACCAACGGCAUCGCCGCCCUGCCCAACGUGCUGCGCAAGAUGAACGGCAACAGCUACAUGCUGCUGCAGCAGGAGGAGCCCAGCCCCUCGCCCCUGUACACCACCUCCUUCGCCGAGGAGCUGAGCAAGAUCCUGGAGAAGCGGAAACACACGCAGCUGGUGGACAAGCUGGACGAGAGCUCCGUGUAGGGGCCCCCGGACGCCGGUCGGAUUCAGUCCCCUGUCCCCGCCCCCCCCCACCAACCAGUGUUACACAAACCCACGGGAAACUACCUCUGGAACCGAAGCGCGGGGCCGGGCCUCGGGGCGCCGGGAUCCCCCUCCUGGGACCGCUUGGGUUCGGACACUGCUGUAAAGAGACGUGGAUUGAAAUGGGAAUUCUAUUUAUGGAUAAAAGAUGACGAUCCGGAAACGCGGCUGUGUCAGGGUGGGGCGGGAGGAGACGCCUGCCCGGACGCUGGCCUCGGACCGCUCCUGCGGGAGAGGUGGGAGCUGGCCCCUGUGUGCUGAGAAGAGACAUGGCCCCUGGGACCCGCUGGGCCGAGAGACAGAGACGGGGAACCCGGCGCGGAGGAGAGCUAAAAAGCAGGAGCCCGUUAGUCUGUGCAGAACGCCGACGUGGUCGUGAAGGGGCUGGCUCCAACGCGGGGCCCUGAGCUGCACCGCCACAGGCCGGAGCGCAGGGCUGGGGGGCGCCGGCUUUCAACACAGCCUGACGUGGUGGGGAGAGAGCUGUGCCUGGCCCCUCCAUCCCCAGCAAAAGUGGCCCUGAGCUAUCCUAGCGAUGCCAGGCUGCAGCCAGGUCGUGGGGCAGAGAGUGGGCAGACAGGCCUUGCAGAGUGAGUGCGUAGGGGUACGUGUGUGGGGUCACUGCAGCAUGGCCGUGGAGUGGUGCUUUAGGGGGGGUCACAGCAGCGUGGCCGUGGAGUGGUCCUUUUGGGUGGUCACGGCAGCGUGGCCGUGGAGUGGUACGUGUGGGUGGUCACGGCAGCGUGGCCGUGGAGUGGUGCGUUUGGGGGUCACGGCAGCAUGGCCGUGGAGUGGUACGUGUGGGGGGUCACGGCAGCGUGGCCGUGGAGUGGUACAUAUGGGGGGUCACGGCAGCGUGGCCGUGAAGUGGUACGUGUGGGUGGUCACGGCAGCGUGGCCGUGGAGUGGUGCGUUUGGGGGUCACGGCAGCAUGGCCGUGGAGUGGUACGUGUGGGGGGUCACGGCAGCGUGGCCGUGGAAUGGUACGUGUGGGGGUCACGGCAGCGUGGCCGUGGAGUGGUGCGUGUGGGGGUCACCCCUUGCCUGUGGCAGUGCCCUCCCAUUGCCAGGCCCCGCCGGCCGUUGGGGACCAAGACCCCAGGAGCCAGGCUCAGCACAGAGGACGGGGCAGGUGAGGGGGCAGGGUGAUGUGGCACUUAACCAAACAGCCUCCUUCGUCCUCACAGCCAGGGGAGGGCCCCAUCCUGUGCCCUGUCCCAGUACAGGCGCUCAGGUUACGGUGGUGUAGCUGGGAGCAGGCGCUGGUCCUGGGUUCCAGCUCCCCUUGGCUUCCGUUGUCUGCCUCCUGGGUCUUUCCCGCCCCGGCGCCACCUUCCUGCCCAUCCGGCCCCAACGCCCCCUGCCUAUGGAAGGCCAGAACGGAGCUGGGCAGGGGCGGGCGUCGUGACAGGCCCUGCUGUGUGUGUGCGUCGGCGUGCGUGUGUGUGUGUGUGUGCGCGCACGCUCAGCUCCGCGGGCUGGAAUGGCAGACACGCCACGUGACCGUGCCUGCUCACGAGCACGCCUGCCGCCACGGGGAUCCCCUUGCAGGGGGGGUGUUUUGGGAGCACAAGCUCCGGGGUUCUGGCCCCCGCCGGUGCCGAAGACCUGUGCGCACCGCCUGGGUUUAUUCCAGCCCCGGACCCCCGGAGCGUGCGGGUGUGCGCCACACGCCAGAGACCGGCCCCCUGCUCCGCUUGUUGUUACAGCGCCCGGGACCGCGCUCGCCUGUCCCGAGAGAGGCCGGCUCCCAGCUGAGCUCCACCGCCUCCUCCGUCCGUCCCCGCUCGGCCGCGGCUUCACCCCCGCAGAGCCGCCGCGCGGUUCGAAGUGACUGGUUCGCUAACGAGCACUCGGCGCCCGGGCCUCCAGCGCGGCGUGGGAACGGCCGGCGACGACCGUCGCUUCAAACGCAGGGACAGUCGGCCCCGGAGCGGCCGCUGGCAGAUGGCCCCGAGCGUCCUGGCGAGAGAGAGAGACUGCGUGGCUACGGCAACGCACACACCCCCGGCUCCAGUGGUACCUGGCCAGCCCGCUAGGCAGCGCGAGUUACCGCGUCGUCUCCUAAACAUCACAGCCACCGAGAGACCAGACCGGCCGCGCCGCGCCCUCUGCCCAGCCAGCGCGGUGGGAAGGGGCCCAAGCGACGGGGCUGGCUCUGAGUCCCUCGGGGCACCGCUCCCACCGGCUGGCAGAGCCCCGGCCCGCUCUCCUCCUCGGGAAGCUUCGCAGGCUCUCUCGCCGUGGGAGUUCGGCACCAGCUCUCCCCGGCUAAUUGACUUUGGCCUUCGCUCCGUUACCAGGCUGCCUGGUGUUCUGCGGGGGGAGGAAGAGACCACCCAUGAAGCCGCUUCGAAACCCUGCUGUGGCUGGAAGCAGACAGCUCCCGAGCAAGCAUUCCCCCCCUGCGCCCAUCACCUUGUAACCAGAGCAGCGGAGGUGUAUGCAGACAGGUCUGCUGGGCAAACACCCCCACGGCUCCACCGCUCCCAGCUGUGGGCGAGCUCUCAGGGUGGGUGGAUCUUCCUCCCCCCACCACUCAGGCCCGGUGCCACCAGGGCAGCUGGCACCUGAGCCUGAGACCACUCUGGCAGAGCAAACAAGCUGGCUCUUAGCCCAUGGGCCAGCCCCUAGAGGCAGAUGGGAGCUGUGGAUGUCCCGUGCAUCCUCCCCCAAUCCUCCUUUGCAGCAUCGGGCAGCAUCAAGCAGCGUCUGCCUCCCUGCCCCCCACCUCUCCCUCUGCGUGGAACGGGCACCCCGAGCACGCGGACCGCAGCCCUGGGGUUGGAGAGCUGGAGCUGGGGUCAGGCCGUGGUUCCUCAUGGAAGUGAGCAACAGAGGUGGUUCUUCUGCCUGGCCAGGGCACGACAGCCCCCCCGCCAAGCACCUGCGCCAGGCCUGCGAGGGGCUGCCAGGCUGCCCACUCCUGUGGUGUCUGAGCACCCGCCUGCUCUAGUUUUAAAUGGCCCAGGCGAUGGGGCUCCCCACAGCCGCCUCACCCUCCUGCCUGCCUCGCCAUACAAUCGCAGGGAAAGGCUGCGCUCUCUGAGGGUUCCCUCACUGGCACCCCCAGGCCCUGCCCAGCUGAUGUGGAUCUCUGUGAGCUGCAGCUGGCGCUGGCUUGCCCCAGGGGAUGCCCUGCCCCACAUGAGUGGAGAAAGGGCUGGGUGGUGCUUUGCCUGGGGCAAUAAUGUCGCUGAGUCUGCAUGGCUCAGGCUGUCCCCCGCUGGCCUGCCAUGCUGCCGGCCAUCCUAGACCUGGCCAUGCCAGGCUCAGUGCAUGGGAAUGGGGGGCGGAAGGGGGAGGAGAGGCGUGUAUAGAACAUCCCUCGUGUGGAAAACAUUUCAAGUGGGAGGGUGUCUGGGUCAGUGAUAGCAGCAGCAGAUUGUGAGUCAGGAUGUCUGGGUCCUAUUCCCAGCUCAGGGAGGGGACUGGAAGUCAGGAUGCCUGGGGCCUAUUCCCAGCUCCGCCACUGACUCACUGGCUGACCUUGGGCAAGUCACCUUCCCUCUCUGAGCCUCAGUUUCCCCUCCAUAAAGCAAGGGUAAUUUCUCCCUCCCUGCUGUUGGGAGGUGCGGGGAGGGAGGUUUCCAGCAUUGGGACAGUGUGGUAGAAAUGUAGAGCGAGCCGGCUGGUGAUCCAACAGCAGUGGCCCUAGGUGCUGCUGUAGCCAUCCCAGGCUGUUGCUGCGGGGUUGGUAAGGCUGGUGCUGUACCCCGCACCCCAGCAUUGCUGGGCCUUGCCCAUUCCCCAGCCGUGCCCGGGAAAGGCCCCGGUCAGCAUGGCUCGGGGAGCACAGCACAGACCCAGGGCUGUGUUUGCGUGCCAAGGGGUUGUCUGGGGGGACUUGUGUUCUCGAGCCCUGCUCCAGCGCAGAUCAUCAGCCAGCCUUGGCGCCCGGUUCCUGGAAUGGGAAAGGGAGGGAGGAAUCAGCGUGGCCGGGGCUGAAUCCGUGGCUGAUCCCCUGGGAAGGAGCAGGGCUGGAGCCUUGCAUAAUGGAAGCACCUCGUCUCCACGAUGGCUUGAUCUAAACCCUAUGUACCAACCCGGCUGCCCAGCGGCCUGCCUCGUCCUCAGUGACAUUCCACCAUGGACAGUCAAAGCAGCAGCGUACAGCACCUUGCAUCUGGUUGCCUCUGCCCCUAGCCGCUCAAUAAACCUGGAUCUGUCUGAAUGA